UUAAUAACGCAUUAUUCUAUUUAAUAUAAAAAAUAAUCGCACUCACGGCAGAUAAUAAGAGAUGACCCAUUUAUCUUCAAUAUCUAAGUAUUUUAGUAACAAUGCUAAUGCUGAAAACAAAAUCUAAGUUUCGGCUUUUAUGAAACAUCUUUCUGACUCCAACAUUUUCUCGAACGUUUAGAAGGCGAACCCUGGGACAGACACUAAAUACAAAGAUGCAGAGGGGGAUUCAUCGUUCAGACAUACCUGGCAGGCGUUUGGGCAAAAGGGUUUCCAAGUAUUUAACAGGGUUUUUGUGAGUGUGAUUGUGAUUUCUCUCUGUGAAUGCAGGGGUGCAAUCAUUGGUGAGAGAAGAUAUAUAGAGGGGUUGUCCCUGUGGGAAUUAUCCUCGAUGACCAAACUUUUCUUGGCCCAUUCCUCCCUGUUAAUAGUCAAAAAGGAGUUCUAGGAAGAAUCAAAAUGUUAGGCCAAAAGGGUCCAGAAAAUGAAGAAGAGAGCGAACGGAAAAACACUUCAAGCAUUUCUAGCUAUGAAAAUGAGGCAAGGGUAUCUUUGGGCGGCUUUCUGCUUGUGGGCUUUGACAUUUCCUCUUCUUCAAGCUUCCUCCGAUGGCUUGGUGAGAAUUGGAUUGAAGAAGUGGCGCUUAGAUUAUAAUAGGAUUAGAGCUGCCAGAAUGGCAAGAAGGGCAAAAUCAAUUGGGGGUGUUGUAAAGAGCAUGUAUCAAGGUUUAGGUGAUUCAGAUGGAGAGUCAGUGCUCCUAAGGAACUACAUGGAUGCCCAAUACUAUGGAGAGAUUGGCAUUGGAACACCACCCCAGAACUUCACCGUUGUAUUUGAUACUGGAAGUGCCAAUCUUUGGGUCCCCUCUACCAAAUGCCAUUUCUCAAUUGCCUGCCUUUUCCAUUCCAAGUACAACUCAAGGCUGUCCACAACAUACAUUGAUCUGGGAAAAGAAGGUGAAAUACAUUAUGGGUCUGGAUCAAUUUCUGGUGUCUUCAGUCAAGAUAACGUUCAAGUUGGGAGUAUGGCUAUCAAAAAUCAAGUUUUUAUUGAGGCUACACGAGAGGCAAGCCUUGUAUUCGUAUUGGGAAAGUUUGAUGGGAUUCUUGGGCUCGGUUUUGAGGAAAUUGUUGUUGGGAAUGCCACACCAGUUUGGUACAAUUUGCUUCGGCAAGGUCUUGUGCAAGAAGACAUCUUCUCUUUCUGGCUAAACCGGGAUCCACAAGCCACCGAUGGAGGUGAGAUUGUUUUUGGUGGUGUCGACAAGAGACACUUCAAGGGGCAGCACACUUAUGCCUCAAUCACUCAAAAGGGUUACUGGCAGUUUGAAAUGGGAGAGUUUCUUAUUGGAUACCAAUCAACAGGAUUUUGUGAGGCAGGUUGUGCAGCUAUUGUAGAUUCAGGAACAUCCUUAAUUGCUGGUCCAACGGCGAUCGUGACUGAAAUCAACCAUGCAAUUGGAGCAGAAGGAAUCGUGAGCCAGGAAUGUAAAGAAGUAGUUUCCCAAUAUGGAAACAUGAUAUGGGAUCUUCUAAUAUCAAGGGUACAACCUGAUGCAGUAUGUUCACAGAUUGGUUUAUGUAACUUCAAUGGGUCUCAGAUUGAGAGCCCACGAAUCAAGACAGUGGUUGAGGAAGAAGACGCGAGAGGAACAAAAGUUGGGAAUGAAGUUUGGUGCACUGCUUGCGAGAUGACAGUGAUUUGGAUCCAGAACCAGCUAAAACAAAGAAAAACAAAGGAGAUAAUAUUCAGCUAUGUAACUGAGCUCUGCCAGAGUCUGCCAAGUCCAAUGGGAGAAUCAGUAGUUGACUGCGGUAGAGUUCCCUACAUGCCAGAUGUUACAUUCACCAUUGCAGAUAAGCAUUUCACCCUGACCCCAAAAGAGUAUGUUCUAAAAACUGGUGAAGGCAUUACAACCGUCUGCCUCAGUGGAUUUAUUGCUUUGGAUGUGCCUCCUCCUAGGGGUCCUCUGUGGAUUCUUGGAGAUAUAUUCAUGGGGGUUUAUCACACUGUAUUUGACUAUGGUAAUCUCCAAGUGGGUUUUGCUGAAGCUAUGCAGUGACUCUCCAAUCUCCAACAGUCUCCUUACAUUUAUUUACUGAUCAUCUGUUGCUUCUGAGUAAAGCUUAUAGGGCAUUUAUUACGCAGAUUGUGAUCCCAGUUGUCAUAGGUUGCAUAAAUGUAAUGUUCAUAUAUUUGCGAGAAAAUACAGGUCAUUCAAUGUUUUAACUUCA